CACUCUGUCCUAGAUAUUACACAGACAUCCUUCAGCAAGUCAAAGAGAAAAGGGUGCACACAGAGAGAAAGAGAGGAGCAGAGGAGCAGACAGACGGGGAGGCAGGAGGGGAAAAGUGAGGUGCAGACACAAGGACAGGAGCAUGAUCACGGAGAAAUCUUUGGAGGCAGAGGCAGGCGUGGAAAAUAAGGUGGCAAGGAUAGAUGGAAAGAUAGAGGAAGCAAGAAUAACGAGGUGGUGGCUGCACCAUCUGUUGCCAAACAGAGAAAACAUAUUAGCCAUUCAGGCAUAAGCAGGGAGGCAGCCAGCAGUCUGCAGUGAGAUGCACACAACCCCUCCUGAAUGGAUGAAGAAGCUGCAGCUAAAAGAGUGGAGAACUGGGAUGAAGAGAGUAGAUCUACAUGAUUCCACAGAGUCCCACCACAUCAAUAUUUAAUCAACAAAUAGUCCUGUUAUCUGACUGUUGGAGAAUUUUUAAAGCAUUUUUAGCACUGGCAAAGUUUAUUCUUUUUUUAAUGGAAAAUGAAAUAACCACGUACCCUGAACGUUUUGAAAGAAAAUCAAGAUUUCAGCACAAAAUGAUGCACACUCCAGCUUCCAUGGUGAUGGGGAUUGUCUUUGCCCCCUUGGGAUUAGUCCUUGUCUUCACUGCUGCUAUCACCCCACAGUGGAGAGAGGGACAGGCACGUCUGAGCAUAUCAGGACCGGGAUCUCUUCUUCGAGCAGGAGCAAAAGGUCAAGGAAUGGGUUCCAGGUCCGGGUCAGUGGAGGCUGUGCUCUUACUACGCUCCGAUGGCCUGUGGGAAAGCUGCCUGCAGGUGGAGCACUCUGAGCUGAAGCAGUGCUGGCCUGUGGCUGGUCCAUAUCAGAGAGAUCCACGGGUUCGUCUCGCUCAGGGCUUGGUGCUCACCUCCUUGUUUCUGUGCGGCAUUGGCAUUGUUCUGGCUUGUAUUGGGGUCCGCUGCUGGACAGAUCUGCCUCUGAGAGGGGUAGCAGCCUCAGGAGGACUCUUGGUGGUGAUUGCUGGACUGCUGAGCCUGACUGCAUUAGGGGUGUACACCCACAAUCUUAGAAGACUUGGGGUGGAUCCAAGUCAAGGGAUCAGUAACCCCAGGUUUCCCCAGCUCAGCUUGCAUCCAGCUGGCUCGCUCUACUUUGGAUGGCUGGGUUCGUGUUUGCAGUUGCUAGGAGGAAGUGCAUUGCUGUUCAGCUUCAAAAGACCAAGAUGCCCAACCUGUCCGUCCCGCACUGAGCAAACUGUCUGCCCUGCCUGUCGCUCAUGUCCAGAAAUUACCAGCAAGACAGAUGUGGAUGUAUAUGAAGUCAGCUGUUAGAAAAUGAACUAAUACUCACAAAAAUGUUGGCACUUAAAGACACUUAUCAGCUCUUAUGUCUGCCAGCUAAUGAAAUGAAGGUUACAGAGUCCACUUAUGAAUGAGAGUGCCCCGCCAGACUGAUUAAUGAGCCCUAAUUCAGGUAUGAACAUAAUGGAUGUAGCUCACUCUUAAACCAUUUGGGCUGUAAAUAGAAAGUGAUGAAUGUUAAAGUACUUUAAAUGCCUUCAACUGCAACAUGUAGUGAAACAUGACUCAAGUAUUCCAUCGUGAUGCCUUUUAGCUUUGUACUGUUAACUAAAACAUGGUAUUUUUGCGUCUGAACAAGACUGUGAAAUGUAAAAUAUUUGUGAUAAAUUCUAAAAGUUUCUUAGAGGAUAUUGUGAUGUUAUAUAGGUCUUAAAUCCUAUUAGUAAUAGUCACAGAAACUCUUUUAAAAAAGGACCCAUUUAUGCUCAUCAUAGCAUCGGCUGAAAAUUAGAUGAAACCAGUAGACAUGAUAUUCCUUGUGUAUCAAGAAUGUAUAAAAGAAUCCUGAAUAAAAUUCUGAAUCAUAUUUGUGAUCUCUUUAUAAAAGUUUCAAAGUCACAAUAAUGAGAUAAUACAUUUUUUAACUCGUUAGUUGAACUUUUGUAUAAUUCCUCUAUCAAGGAACAUUACUGGUGAAUGUGAUAUUCCUGUGAUAAUAACAUUUGUGAGAAAUGAGAAAUUAAAUGUUGCAGUGGGGAUGUUUAACCGCUUAAAUCUUUAAAAUGAUUUGUUGUUGUAAAGCUUUUUCAGUGUGUUCAUACAUGUUGCAUUGUGUGUUCAAUAAAACAUUUCAAUGAU